AUGACUCGAGCAGCAGAUCCCUACUACAACCGCAAGCCUGUCCCUGACGAACUGGUCAAGGAUGUCGGCCUGACUGGAUUGACACCAGAAGAAGAGUAUUGGAACCGUGAAAAGAAGUUCACUGCACAUGGAGCAGAUGUAAGGCGUUUCAGCAACAGUCUCAAGGGCGGUAUCGAGCCUCUUAACGAUCCUUACUAUGGUCGAAAACCGGUCAGCAAAGCCGAAAUUGCCAAUGUAGGCUUCACUGGCUUGAGCCCCGAAGAGGAAUACUGGAACCGGGAACGCAAGUAUAGCGCCACAGGUGUCGAUGUCAGGAAGUUCAGCAGCAGCAAAAAGGGCGGAUUGUCACCCCAAGAUGACCCAUACUACGGUCGCCGACGUGUCUCAGCCGCCGAGAUCGCCAAUGUCGCCCCUCUAGACGCCCACAUGACUCCCGCCGAACAAUACGAGGUCCGCGAGCGAAAGCAAUCCCUCUUCCAGCUCUCCUCCGACCCGUUCGAUAUUAUGGCCAACCGCAACCGCCAGUCCAUCUCAGGAGCGACCACAGGUGCCUCUGCCGCCGCAACAAGGCGCCGUAGCUCAGCCGUCGCGCCAGACGCCGCAGCCGCCGCUUCACACAGCGGGUAUCACGGCGAGAAGCUGGCGCCAAUCGAGAGCAGGCCUGAGGGGCCACCUGCCACCAGCAACAUCGAGGCGGGCAGUGGACAUACCUCGGAUACACUGAGCAGGGACUCGAUCGACCCUGCGGAAGGGAGCCACGCACGCACCUACGACGCAGUGACGGCGGGACACAAUCACCCUGUUGAUCCAGAUAGCGUUGCGCCGCACGAAUUGCGAUGA